UCCCGCCGUUGCUAUGGGGAGUGUUGAUGAAGCUGCACCCAUUCAAUGGAAUGGCGGUGAGGAGGGUUCGUUUGAAGGAGAGCUGGGUGUGCGAGAGAGCCGGGCUGCAGCCGGUGGGGGCAGGCACAGUGGAGUCUCUGGCACUCCAAGGGACGUACCGAGAGAAGAUUGUCAGCCUGGGGGAUGCAUUUAAAAACUUCCAAAGUCUCCGUUCCUUGGACUUGUCUAGAAACAUAAUAAUCAGUUUGCAGGGAAUUGAAUACUUGCACUCUCUUGGUUACCUGAACUUAUAUUAUAAUGACAUUGCGUCUCUUGAGGAGGUGAAGCAUCUCAAACGUUUGGCACAGCUGAAAACUCUGGAUCUGCGUCUGAAUCCAGUGACCAGACAGAACGCCGAUUACCGUCUUUUUGUCAUCCACAUCGCGGGGACAUUGGAAACACUAGAUGAGAGACCGGUGAGGGAGAGCGAGAGGAAAAACGCAACUUAUAACUUCCAGCUGAAAUCUCAGGAGACGUCCGAGUCCGGGAGCUCUAUGCACAGCCCGUCACGCAGCCAUCUCUAUGGGGAUAGAGGAGGAGCUAAAGCUCACUUGGAUUUCGGAUUGAGCAACAUGACUGAAAUGGGCAGGACAAAUAGUCAGGAACAGCAUUCCAGAGAUUAUACCAGAGGCUCUUCUCCCUCUAAGUAUCAGUCUGAAGAGCACCAGUCCUAUCUACAGCCACAAACCGACUUUGAAGACGGUAUUGAGUACAGGCCAUUGCCAUCCCCAACACGCUCUUCUCUCCGUUCUCCAGGCCUCUCCUCUCGCCCUAAAGAAGGACACCGCGUCACCUUCGCCGACUCCACAAUGUCUGAGUUUUUUCCAAAGCAAGAGGAUAUUUCUACGCCUAUGAAAAACCAAGACGAUAUCGGCUCCACAAAACAUUUGGGUUUUAGCUACCCGGACAAACUGGGGACGGCAUUUAGCUUCAAGAAUACCUACCUCACAUCUACACCAGUAAGGAAAGACGCUGCGGGCAGCGAGAGGAUGAGGGCAAGCACCCUAGAUGGGAAUGAAAGGAUUAGGUCUGGUGACAUCAAUGACAUCGGCCAAAGCUCAGAGAUGAGGGACCGUCUCAAACCCUCACAUAAUGGCGGCGAGGAGUCCAGCCGAGAGAGGCUACUGAGGCUCAGUUCCGAUCUUUAUAUCACAACACACAUGGCUGACCCUCCCGCGUCUUCCAGUUCUCUCUCUGCCCUCAGAAAAGGCUUCAGCGACAUCUCAAAGACCUACACGCUGCCUUCUAAACCCACGCUAUCCAACGCUCACUUUACUGCGAAAACUGCCGAAUUGUGUCGAGAUUACAAGAGCGCCUGGAACCCCGAGAAAUCGUCCACUUCAAACUUGACUCAAUCGGGAAUGAAAAGAUCCAGCAGCCUGAACUCCCUGAUAUCGCCGAAACCCUCCGAUCUCUAUUCAGACCUGCAGAGAGAGGAUUUGCUGAGUGAAAAUGAGCCGAAGAAAAGGGAAAGCUCGCCCAGUAGAAGUGAGACUUCUUCCAUCUCAGAUGUUCUCCAGCAACUUAUGGACUUGGUGGAUCGGUACUGGAACGGCUCAGGGUCUCUCCUUCACAAUCAGAGAUUUCUGGUUCCUGCUCGAGAACUGCUUACCAAGCUGACGACCUCCGACUCGGCCAAACAGAUGUUCCCGUUGGGCGAUCAGCUGCGGGGUUCCAGGAACAGCUAUGGAGCGCUGGAGGAUGGUGACAGUAUGGAAUCCAUAAAACUGAGGCUGAUAAAAGUUAUGGAGGAAAAUCAUUUUCUACGAAGCAAAGUCCAUAAACUAGAGAACCAAGUGGCCCGCAGGGAAACAGGAGGGCAUUUACCACUGAUGCAAGAUGACCUGCGGCAGAAGUACGAGCAGCUAAGCCUCCAGGUGGAGUCCUUACAGCAGCAACUGAGCAAGACCAAUAAACUGCAGGAGACUGUGAAUGUGCUACACAACAGUCAAAGGUCAUUGGUUAGUACAAAUGAAUAUCUACUACAGCAACUUAACAAAAUCUCUCCAAGCAUGAUUUCCAAGCUACCAAGAUCCCCUCCCCCACAAAGGAUCAGCACUGAUAAGUACCAGGCGCCGGAACCCUCCAAUGUACCCGGUCUGACUCCCGCAUACAGUACCAGCCAGUACAGGAAUCCAGAGAGGCUCAGUGCCUGCCCAUUGUAGCCAAUAUCAUGACAUGAUGGGACAGACCACAUCCUCCGGUACAUGGAUUCAGGAAGGUGGGAAGAUAGUAUUAGUCUACCAUUGCUGACUCGUUCAACCGCUUCAAUACCAGACACUUUACCCCCCCCCCCUUCCUGCCCAGGCCAAUUUGCAGCUUCCAGCGCUGUCACACUUUGA